AGAAUAAAAAACUGGACGUUAACAAAACUUUCAAAAGUCAGCGAGAGUCUGUUAAUAAUCAUAUAAUCCCAGUUAUACAAAAGGCAAUUGAUAGGAAGGUAUUCCCAGUAGUUGAUGGUAUAAUCAGUCUGGAAAUAUCGGAAACAGAUGAUGAAAAUCCUAAUAAGCGAAAGAUCAUUAUCCAAGAUCUUAAAUGGAGAUCUUCAACAAUAACGACUUUAACCCGACACGUAGAACAAGAAAACGGGUGUAUAGUAAUGACAAAUUCAUACCUGAUGAAAAAGAAGCACCCAAAUAAUAAUAUCAGAGAAAAAGAUGUUGAUGAUAACAUUUAUAUUAAUAAAGCAGAAGAUGAGGAGGAAGAUAAAGAGGAUGAGAAGAGAAAUGAGGAGGAAGACAAGGAGGAGGAUGAUAAUGUUGACGACGAAGAAAAAAUAUUUCAAAGAUCUAGGAAUCUGGUAUCAGGAGUGUAUAAUAGUUAUGAGGACUAUUAG